AUGGUCUCGCCGCUGAAGAAUGCCAACUUCCGGCUCGUCUUUGCUUCACGCUUCAUGUUCCAGAUGGGCAUUGCGACGGUGCAGCAAUUCCUGCAAUAUUGGAUCGGAGACUGCGUCAGCGUCGACAUGUCGCCUUCCAGAGCCGUGUCCAUCGCCCUGAUCCCUCUGCUAACACUCUCGCCGCUCGGGGCCCUGGCGAUCCCGAAAUCCCGGCGCAAGGUCGUUGUCUAUGCCGCAGCGGCUCUGAUGGCGCUUUCGUGCGUGCUCAUGAUUGUCACGACCUACUUUUACGCCGCCCUGGCUGUGUCGGGCAUCUUCGGCCUGGGAUACGGGCCCUUUCUCAGCGUCGAGUUUGCGAUGCUGAUGGAUGUCUUGCCGUCCAAGGACGAUGCUGCCAGGGACAUCAGCCUGUGGCACACCGCUCUGGUCCUGCCCCAGAUCGUGGCGAGUCCCAUUGCAGGAUGGGUCCGAGAUGGAUUCCAGCCGCUCGGCACUCAGUGGGAUGUGCAGUGUCUCGGGUACAAAGUGAUGUUUUCGGUGUGCUUGCUGUACUUUCUCGCCGGGGUUGGGAUCACUCGACGCAUCGCUGGUAUUCACUGA